GUUUAGUUCCUCGCCGCAAACAAAACUAGUCACAACAGCGUGGAGCGGAAGCCAGCAGUCGCGAGUGAACCAGUUGAUAGUCUCACAGAUACUGGCUAAGCAAUAGAGCCAGAAAUAUUUAUAUAGAGAGCACCAGCUGCCCAGAAAGCUUUUCGAGACAGGAGCAAGUUUUUCUGAGGUGCCCAAGUGAACGCAGCUUUCAGCGAGUUGAAACCACACUUGAUCGAUUCAUUGCCACCGAGCCACUGAACCGCCUCGCAUUCCGCGAAUACUCGUACCAAAAAAAAAAAGUAAUUGUAAUUAAUAAAGCACCACCGAAAAUGCUUCGAACCAUCAUUAUACUACUGCUGAUUGCGGUAGCCAUCAAUGCAAUGGCCAUUCCACAGAGGGUCAAGCAGCAUUUCCCAGUGACUGGAACUGAUGAUGAAGAAACCACCUUGCCUCCGUUGGAAGAAUCAACUUUCAUGUCCUUGCCGAUUGGAACUGUUACCAUGGCCGUGGAUUCGGAUGAGAUCCUGAUGACCAGUCCCGAGGGUGAGGCCUUCACCGAAGGCAUUCCCGAUGGCACGACGGAGGAACCACUUCCGGAGUCAGUGAUUAAGCAGCUGGAGUUGGAACAGGCCCAGGAGGCGAAAAAGAAUGGAACUCCUGUGGAGUCCGAAGGGGAGGCGGAAACGGAGGCGACUGAGCCACCAACCACGACUGAAACUCCCAAACCGACCACAGUCACUGAAAAGCGUUUCAAGUUUGGUGCCACAACACUGCCACCGUUCUUUACCACAACAACCACAGCGGCUACCACCAUAAAACCUUUUGAGACCACCACCUUAACCUCCGAUAAGGAAGAAACUACACAAGUUCCGAACCAGGAACAGACAAUUAAAAACUACUUUGAGCGCAAGGAGGGAGUGGCCGAAGGAGAUCUGCAAAUGUCUGAAAAUCGAAUGGCCACCACAACAGAAGCUAUGGAGGACUCCACUUUCCUGUUGAAGGACCUGUCCAUGAUUAUGACAACCCUUGUCAAUUUAGUGGAUGAGCCCACGACUCCUAAAGAGGAACAGAAUGAGCCAGUGUUGGAGACCACUCUGAUGCCACUCUUCCGAUUCGCUUCCAAAACUGAGGCCCCCACCGAGCAGCCGGAAAUCAAAGAAGAAAAAGCUAUCACAGUGCCAUCUAAACAGGAGACCACAGAGUUACAAGCCUCCACACAACCCCAAUCAACGACAACAGAGGCGGCGGAGUCCAGAAGCUCCGCUGCAAUUACUGAACCCGCCCCACUGACCACUAAGGAAGAGCCACAGCUAAAUGCCCAACCGGAGGCCACCACAAAUGCUCCGGAGACGACAACCACAACCGCGGCGACAACAACCACCACCACAACCACCACUACCACAACCACCACCACCACAACCACUGCGACUCCCCCAACAAUAGCCACCACCACCACAACGCCCCGUCCAAUUUUAACGCGAGCUCCUAGAGUGGAGAGAAUCUUCAAUUCGGACGGAGUGGAGGUGCUCUACGGUUACUCGUCGGUGGUCCGGACAAACCGCUCUUGA